AUGGCUGCCGUCACACCUUCGCUUCCCGCAAUGCUACCUCGGAGUCAGCUGCAAAUUCGCCGGAAUGGCCUUGUCGAGCUACAAGCAAUUCCGCCAAUCCUACGGCCCCUCCUUCGGGCCUACCUCCUAGGAUAUGCUUCCGCUGUUGCUCCGAGAGUCCUUACGUUGCUGAUGCAAUACCUUACCAAAAAACGCCGUCAAAUUGCAAAGGAGAACGGGUGCAUCGGGUUUGUGGCGCAACUGAGGCGGAUAGUCCUCGCCGGUCUAGACCCCCAACGGUUUCCAACCUUCUGUGCCUUGCUUGUUGGUGGCAGUACACUUUUAGAGGAGCCACUUCGACGUGUAUUCGAACGCAAUGCCAAAAGUCUCACAGAGGUGACUCGAACGAGACUCGCAAGAUGGAGCGCCACAUUUGUUGCUGCCUGGUUCAGUCUGCAGCUUUUGCAGUCCAAGAAGAGCUCGGCCUUUACAGGCACUUCCCCUGAGAAAUCGGAUAGUCCGCCCGGAGCUCAGCUAAAGGAGACCCGGUAUGGAGGACGGACUCUCGACUUGACGUUAUUCACGUUGACGAGAGCCCUGGACGUUCUUGUUGGCGAAGUUUGGGCGCGAAGGCGAGCGCGUCGUGUAGCUCAAGGCAGUUGGACCAAGGCUGAAUGGAUCAUCGGCAGGUUCACCGACCCUUGCUUGUUCGUCACUUCUUGUGCCUUCAUCAUGUGGGCAUGGUUUUACCAUCCCGAAAGGCUUCCCAGCGGCUACAACAAGUGGAUCAGUUCGGCGGCAAACGUCGACAUGCGGCUGAUCGAGGCCCUCCAGAAGCUCCGUGCCAACGACAUGUCCUACGGUAAAAGUGGACAGGCAGAAUUGCUACAAGGCAUGUGUGAGAAAUACGGAUGGCCGAGCGAAUGGGGCGAUCCGUCAAAAUCAAUUCCCAUCCCGUGCGAGAUGGUGCACAUGGGCUGCGGCCCAUCGUGCGAGCUCCAUGCCAUCAGCCGCUUCUAUCGGUCGUGGAAGUGGUCCAUGGCCAUGUAUCUGCCCCUGAGCGUGGCGCUUCUUCUGCGGGGGCCUAUCAACAAGAAGACCCUCGUGCGGACCUUGUUAUCAUCGUCGAGGUCGGCGGCGUUCUUGGGAGCGUACAUCACUUUAUUCUAUUACGGCGUCUGUCUCGCCCGUACCAGAAUUGGGCCUCACAUCCUCGGCAAGGACCUGGCCGCUAGGCAAAGGAUGGACUCGGGAAUCUGCGUCCGCACGGGGUGCUGCCUUUGCGGCUGGAGCGUCCUUGUCGAGUCCGCCAGUCGUCGCAAAGAUAUGGCGCUGUUCGUCGCCCCGCGGGCCAUGGCGACGCUGCUGCCGCGGCGGUACGGCAUGGACAAGCAGUGGAGAGAGACGCUCGUUUUCGCCGCCAGCACGGCUGUUGUUUUCACUUGUAUCCAUGAGAACCAGACCCGUGUACGCGGCGUGCUGGGCGGUGUAUUGGGAAUGGUCUUGCGCAACUAG